UCAGGUGUUCAUAGGCAGGGUGUUUGGAGGUCAUUUGCAUCUCGAGCUUAUGGCUGAGAGUGCUGCUGGGAGGAGAGGCCUGGUUGGAAGGGGCAGAGGAAGAAGGUCAGUGCGGGGUGUGUGUGACCCCGGAAGUGUUUACCUCCCAUCCUGGCUGGCUCCUCACUUUCCGCUCUCUGCUUCCUAUCCCCCACCAUGUGAUCAGCUUUCCUCUGCCCAGACCCUUCUACCAUGCUGUUUCUGUGUUUAAGCUUGGCAAACAGGGACUGCAACUUGAAACUGUGAGCCAAAGUGAACCUUUCCUCCUAUAAGUUGCAGUAUCAGAUACAACAAGGAAGAAAGUGACUAAGACACCAUUGUAACUAUUCGUGAUGAUCUUUUCCCCACUGUGUAAUUUCCACUAUCAUUCAUGAAAAUGUUGAAUGCACCCAAGACUUGGCUGGAGUGCCAGAUUGUUGGCUCAACCAAUCGAUGGCGUUUCCCCAAAAAGCCUUUCUCGGGGGACCUCCUGGCACUUUCCCAGAUGUGCAAGGCUUUGAGCAUAGACCUCCAUGGCACUCUGAAACAUCCAGACAGGUUAUGCAUUUCAAAAAUUCAGAAGCUUUUCUCUGAGAAUUUCAACAACCAGGCCACCCAAAGUUGGGAACCAGAUGUGAUUCUUGAAUGCCUAGGCUUCAAGUGAGAACUCCAUCAACCCCAGCUUUUUCAAUCUGAGACUUUGGCCAGACUUUAUCUGGCAGCCCUGAUACAGAGCAUGAAUCGCUCCCUGGGAGAAAUGAACAAGACUCUGCAAGCUCAAUCACCUGGGAAGACCAAAGAAAAAUCCCCCUUCAAGAAGAUGAUCGUUUCUUUGAGGAUCAAUGAUCCAUCCGUCACCAGAGUUGCCUUCGCUACGGCCCUGAGGAACCUCUACAUAAGUGAAGUGGAGAUAAACCCGGACGACACAGUGGCGGUGCUGGCUUCUGCUAACAUCCUCCAGUUCAGCAGCCUGUUUCGAAAGUGUGUGGACACAAUGAUAAAAGCACUCACGUCAAGCACCAUCAAGACCUUCUACCUGGCUGGCUGCAGGUACAAAGAAGAGCGGCUCAUCGAGGCCUGUGAGAAGUGGCUGGAAAUGAACUUGGUCCCUCUGCUGGGGACACAGCUGCGUCUCCGCUGUAUCCCACAGGAUCUGCUCCACACGGUGCUGAAGUCCCCCAGGUUGUUUACCUUUAGUGAGUUCCAUCUUCUGAAAACCUUACUUUGGUGGGUCUACUUGCAACUAAACAGAAAUAUCCAGGUGAUUCCAACCAAUGAGACUGUGCUAACCUAUUUCAACAGCUUUUCCAAGGAGCAUUGCUUUCUGGACUGGGAUAUAGGACAUUGCUGGAUUCCACUCUUCCUUUGCUUUCGUCUGCACAACAUCACCAGUGUCAAGCAUCUGGAGGAAUUAAGGAACAUUAACUUCUUCCCCACAUCCUGGCUCAUCCGGGUUACAGCCAACCAUUACCAUACGCUGGAGAAUGGAGGCGACAUGGUCCACCUGAAAGAUCUACUCACCCAGGGUGUGAGGAUUGGGCUGCUCUUUAACAAGGAAUAUACCACUCAUUCAAAGAUGGUUUCUGUAUAUGGAUUCUUCUUUGAGUUAAAAGGAAUCAAACAUGAUACUACCUCUUAUAGUUUUUACAUGCAGAGAAUAAGACACACAGACUUGGAGUCACCCUCUGCAAUCUCUGAGCACAGCACUGUCAGCCUGAGAGCAGAGCGCUUGGCGAAGUAUGAGAUCAGAGCCCAGGCCCUGGUGAAUGGCAGGUGGCAGGAGUUCAGUACCAACCAGAUCACACAGAAGUUUGGGUUCAUCAAGCCACACUGCAAAAGCCACGUCUUGCAAAGUCCAAAGUGUGGGCAUCCCAGUCUACGCAAGCUUUGUAAUUAUCUUCCCAGUAUCUUGACAGUUUCCAGAAGAAUCUAUGGGAUGUCCCCCUACCAGUCUGCAUAAAAGGAAAUAAAAUGACAUCAGAAGAGGAACUCCACCGUUACUGUCCCAGUUACCAGUGGUCUUAUUAGAAAUUUUGCCCACAUCUGUGUCCCUUGAGGAUGGAAGGUGCCACAGCCACAAGUCCACUAGCCAUCCUUGACCCCAAAGCACCCUGACUCCAGCCUCUGAGGAGGUCAUGGGUGGGGGCACUUGCGAAUCAAUGGGAGCUUCAGUAUUUCCCCUAUGCUACAGCUGCACCUGCUACACAGAACAACACUCCUGGCCAUUGCCCCUGGCAGCUGUGACUCAACAGAACAAGAGAUAAGACCGGAAGGAAGCAACUAUAAGGCACAGAGUGAUUUAUUUUAUCUAUCAUCCCACUUAGGCACUGGACACACACAUAGCCUCUCAACCUCCCGGGAGGCAGGGCUAUUUCUACACCUGUCCCCAGGAGAGUAAUGUGUGUGUUCCUACAAGAUUUUUUGUAGUGUCCUAGCCAGGGACCUGUCAGUUUCCAUUCUCCAUGUGGCCCACUGAAAAGAGGCAGGAUCUCACCUGCCAUCUGCAAAAACGACAUGUGAGUCACAGCUCUGCUACAGGCCAGCUGCCCGGUGCCAGUCGUGUGACAGUUCAUCGGAUUCUGAUGGGGCAGUGGGAAAGGGUGAGGGUGGUCUCUCUGAAGAGGUGGCACAGAAGUGAGCCUGGAAGCACAAGCAGUGUCCUUACAGGGAAGAUGAGGAGGAAAUGGACACAAGGUGAUGUCCACACAGCUGAGAGAAAGUUGUUUCCAGCUCCAGGGUUCCUGGACUGAGUGUGCAUCAGAAUCCACCUGGAGUUCAUGCAAAUGCAGGCCCUGGGCCAGGCCCACAGAAGCUGAGCUUGCAGUCUGAGAAACACAUAGGAGUAUGCACUUUAACAGGCUUCCCGAGGAAUCCUGAUGCAGGAAGUCUGUGGCUCACGUCCAGAAAGGACCCUGAUGGGAAAGCGGAUUCCACAGCAGGCCUUCUCUUUGGGCUGCACACAUCCAAUAGCCAUUCUCACCCAGUGCCCAAAACUCAGCAACAAACCUGUGAAUCUAUUUCGCCACAGCCGAAAUAGCUGAUUGGGAACAACAACAACAACAAUGAAAAACAAAUUUCCUAGAAUAUGGAAUAAACAAAACCCCAAAUAAUGAGCCAUCUUCGGCAGGUGAAAUAUUUGUUGUAUUUCUGAAAAUUCAGCCCUUUCCACUAGAGGCCAUGCUCUAUCUCAAAAAUGAGAAUUACUGUAGCUUUCCAAACGCUGAAAUCUGAAACCUAGAACUCAUCUCCUUGCUUAGGUUUGAAAGUGAAAUCCAUACAUCCUGAGUGGGUUGUGUAUUCAGUGUACACAACCACUGCUAUAUGUCUUAAAACAAAACUGCUUUAAGAAGCCCUUUAGAAGCUUUUCUUACAAGUGAGAGAUUCUUAAACUAGAAUUUCUAGAGCCACAGUCAGUGCCCAAGCAUUGGCUAUGAGCACUGAACAAGGUAACCUUACGUGCCAUGUUCCUAACUCCUUUCUGCUUGCUUCUCCCAUCACUCACCUCCCAGGCCCUUCCCUCUAGCUGAGUUGUCCCAGAAUCCCCUCUGUACACAGCAACACUUGAGUUUUAGAGUUGGACUGACCCGAGUUUGAGUCCUAGCCAUGCCUCAGGUUCUUUUCCUCCUUGGGGCCUGCUGUCUGUUAUGCAACCCAAGGAGGUUGGGCUGAUACAGGAUAUGAUAAAGGAGAUGAAAUAUGACAAUAUUUUGUCUCCCAACCUGGUAGAUGUCUGAUAUGCCAAGCUCGUGUUCUCUAAAACUUGAGGAAUGAAUUCUAGGAACAGUGAAAGCUCCUGAGAGGCAGGAGGGGUUCCAAAAUGAUAGCCAGGGACCCCACUUUACAGGGGUGUUUUAUAGAGCCAAACACACGUGGGUACAAUAUAUAUACAAUAUAGUUAUGAUCACCUAGCAAGGUUACAAAUAUAGUCGCUUAGGUAAUAGUAGUCCAAUUUGGAAACAAGUCAUGUAACAAGUGUUGAUGGAAAGAACAAAGACUUCCUCUAGGAAAUGAAGGGUCUAGAGGUAACUACGGUGACUGAUGUCUAUCUAGACUUCACUAGGCCCAGUGUUUGUCCUUUUAGAAAUUACUCAGAUUUGGUCAUUUAGUCUUUAUCUUGAGGCCUGGUCUCCAGAAAAUGUGUCUCCAGCCACAGUGGUGAUGUAUUUUUACCUUUGCCCUGACUCUCUCAAGGGCCUAGCUCUAUCUGACUACCCACAAUACUUCUAACUAACUUAGCUGUCUAUAAUAGGACCAGGGGCUCUCUGCAAGCCUUUCUAGCUGCAGGCCUCGGAUCCUCUCAUUGUGUGGGUGAAGAGCAGAAGUGAGUGGUUCAGCCUGUGAACCAGGAAGAGGCAGCCCGAGGGAGUGAACUGAGUCAUUUUCCCAGGGGUUCAUCAGAAUGAGAGUGCAUUAAGAAGAGUAAGAAAGACGCUUCCGUUCUCCCCAUCUUUACAUCCUGGAGACCACUGUGUCUUGAAGUUCCAGGAGGAGAAGGAAUGUUCUUGCCUUUGUAAGCCUAGGAUGGAAAGGAGAGUGCUGGGCUUGCAUGUUCUUUGGGAGAAGGGUGGGUUCUCAGGGACCAUGGGGAGUUCCAGGUUGCCCUCACUUGCACAAAAGGAGAUGGGCAUAAAAUGUGGAGUCCUGAGGCCUUGAAAUCUUGAGGUGGGGAACAGGGUCCUCCUGGAGGAGACAGAGAUGGGACGACUUCUGUGAGGAAGAUCUGGAGGCAGCCCUAGCCAAGAGAACGUUCUGUGAUGAUGGAAAUGCCCCAUACCUGCCUGUCCAAUAUGGUAACCUCUAGCCAUGUAUAGCCAUUAAGUGACUGAAAUAUGACUAGUGCAACAGAGAAGUUGUUUUUAAUUCUAUUUCAUCUUACUGUAUGUAAAUUUAAAUAGUUGUAAGUGCAAGUAAAAAGAAUAGGACAGCACGGUACUCACCAUGGAACAAGGACUGGUCCUUCUUGAUUCUGCAGGCUCUCCAGGGUUGGAGCCUCUCAGCCUGUCCCCAGGCCCUGGAUGAAUUGAACAUCAGUGUCCAUCCUGAGGCUCAGACUCUAAACACUCCAAGUCUUUUUCUACCCCACUGGGAUAAGGCCACCUCCUAGGGUCAGGGAGAAGCUGUGCUGGAGAAAGGAAGGUUCCAAGGCCAGGGAAGCAGAGUUCAGCUCUAUAUCAGUGGUACCAUCAUUACCCUGCUCCUUCUAUGUGAGCAGAAGACAGUCCCUGCCAUCAGAGAGCCAGUGUCAGGGAAAGGCAGUUGUUAAUGGAGUAAUUACACUAAAAGAUGCAGAGCUUGGAGGGUGUAAAGUAAAUUUGAACUAGACCCUUGUAGGGAGUUUGAGGCCCAGUGAGGGCCCUUCCUAGGGAAAAUGAUGCUUAAGCCAAGAUCUGAAGUAGGAAAGGGAAUUAGGACAGCCUUACGUGAGGAUGUGAAGAAAUCAAAAUCCUUGGACCCUGCUAGUGGGAAUGUGAAAUGAUGUUGCUACUUUGAAAAACUGGUGGUUCAGGGGUAGGAUAAAAGAUAUACAGAGAUAGAAAGGAGACAAGGGAAACCAUAAGCUUAACAUUGUACUUUAAAGAAAAACUCCAGCUUCAGAAUGCAAGUUACCCAAGAUCGCAAUGCUUUUUUCCCUUCUAGGAAACCUACUCCAAAAAUCCCUAAGGGUCUUGAAGAAACAACAAGCCUAUAAAUUGGGUCUUGGACCCAUGUUUUUCACCUAUAAUUUGCUUUCUACCACAGACUUCCCUCCUCAGGGAAGCAACCUAUUAAGUGAGCAGCAGAUCUCUAAACUUCAAGCACGUGCAAAUGGUGCUUAGCCCACCAAAUGGGUAGCCUGAUGGUAGGAAUACAUAUCCUAGAUCACUCAUCUUAAAGACACCCCCUAAGAGAACAUAAAAAUUCCUAACCCCAGACCACAGCGCAGCUCACUCUAGGAGUACUCACACUAUACUUUGUACUUCUUUCUGCUUAAUAAAUGUCUUUAUGCCUCUCA